AUGUCCCUUACUGCAAAUGUCGAUCUUGACAUCCCUAUCUCGAGCUCGACGGUGACAGUUCGAGUGAUUGACUCAACCACAUCUCUCUUCCUCGACCCUCCCUUGUUCUGGGAACCUGAAAUUGAAGGGCUGAAAGGCGUCAACGCCCCAGCACUCUGUUUCCUGGUUUCCAAUGAGAAUUGCGACCCUCCUCGACACAUUCUCCUUGACCUCGCCGUACGCAAGGACUGGGAGAACUGCGCCCCCGCCACCGUCAGGCUCAUACGCCGAACAACCCAUGUUCGAGUUGAAAAGGGCAUCGCUGAGAUUCUAGAUUCAAAUGACAACAUCGACGAAUAUGAUAUUCGUCGCCGCGAUAUUGAAACCAUCAUCUGGUCACAUCGCCAUUUUGAUCAUGUUGGCGAUCCAUCAACCUUUCCCACUUCCACGGAGCUAGUUCUCGGCCCAGGAGCCAUCGCUGUAUGUUUGCCCGGCUACCCGACUAACCCGGACGCGAUGUUACUUGACUCAGAUGUCCGCGGCCGCAAAGUUCGGGAGAUUGAAUUCAAUGGUGAUUCGGCAGGCAGUUGCCAGGUUGGACGGGUUGAAGCACACGAUUACUUCGGUGAUGGCUCGUUCUAUCUCCUGAACGCGCCGGGACAUUGCGUUGGACAUGUGUGUGCCCUUGCUCGAGUCCAUGCGGGCCACGGGGGCCCUGAUUCCGACUCUUUCGUUCUUAUGGGUGGCGAUGCCUGUCACCACGCCGGCCUACUUCGCCUAUCCAAGUACCUCCCUCUCAGUCCGUCUCUACCUAAGUCUAUUUUCCAGGUUCACCCUAAGAACAGCACUAUAGAGCCAUUCAUGAACCCGUCUCGGAUUAUAUUUCCAGAUUACGAGAAGGCCGUUGAUACAAUCCGCAAGAUCCAAGAACUAGACGCUGCGGAUAAUGUUUUUGUGGUUUUGCCUCAUGACGGGUCCGUCGUGGGUCAUAUUCCACUAUUCCCUCGUCCGAUCAACGACUGGCAAGCCAUGAGGCUGGGGGUCAGCACUCGCUGGCUGUUUUGUAAGGACAUUAUGGGUGCUUAAUAUUAUAUGGUUUCGCCUUGCAGGGUUAAACAAGGUCGGACAAAC